AUGCAGCGCGCUCUUUCUUCCCGCGCGAGAGCUUCCGUCCUCUCUGCUGCUCCCAGCAAGUUCCGUGCCGGUGCCGGCCUGGGACAGCAGCUUCGCUUUGCCCACAAGGAGCUGAAGUUCGGUGUUGAGGGCCGUGCCGCCCUGCUCGCUGGUGCUGAUACUCUGGCAAAGGCCGUCGCGACAACACUCGGCCCCAAGGGUCGCAACGUCCUCAUUGAGUCAAGCUAUGGCUCCCCCAAGAUCACAAAGGAUGGUGUAACUGUCGCGAAGGCAAUUACCCUCAAGGACAAGUUCGAGAACCUCGGCGCCCGUCUCAUCCAGGACGUCGCCUCCAAGACCAACGAGACCGCGGGUGACGGUACCACCACCGCCACUGUCCUCGCCCGUUCCAUCUUCUCCGAGACCGUCAAGAACGUCGCCGCUGGCUGCAACCCCAUGGACCUGCGCCGUGGUAUCCAGGCUGCCGUCGAUGAGGUCGUCGCUUUCCUCCAGAAGAACAAGAGAGAUAUUUCCACCAGCGAGGAGGUUGCCCAGGUCGCUACCAUCUCCGCCAACGGUGACCAGGAGGUCGGCAACCUGAUUGCCAAGGCCAUGGAGAAGGUCGGCAAGGAGGGUGUCAUUACCGUCAAGGAGGGCAAGACUCUGGUCGACGAGCUCGAGGUUACCGAGGGUAUGCGCUUCGACCGCGGCUUCGUCUCCCCCUACUUCAUCACCGACGCCAAGUCCCAGAAGGUCGAGUUCGAGAAGCCCUUGAUCCUCCUCUCCGAGAAGAAGAUCUCUGCCGUCCAGGACAUUAUUCCCGCUCUUGAGGCCUCCACCCAGCUGAGACGCCCUCUCGUCAUCAUUGCUGAGGACAUUGAGGGUGAGGCUCUCGCCGUCUGCAUUCUCAACAAGCUCCGUGGCCAGCUCCAGGUCGCCGCCGUCAAGGCACCCGGCUUCGGUGACAACCGCAAGUCCAUCCUUGGUGACUUGGCUGUCCUCACCAACGGUACCGUCUUCAGCGAGGAGCUUGACAUCAAGCUUGAGAAGGCCACCCCCGACAUGCUCGGCUCCACUGGCUCCAUCACCAUCACCAAGGAGGACACCAUCUUCCUGAACGGCGAGGGCGCCAAGGAUUCCAUCUCCCAGCGCUGCGAGCAGAUCCGUGGUGUCAUGAACGACCCUACUACCUCCGAGUACGAGAAGGAGAAGCUCCAGGAGCGUCUGG